UGUUCGUUUUUAUUACUCCGUCUAACCGGGUCUACACUUUCCUUACUCUCCUUACUCCGCUCUCCACUUUUUACCCCUGAUUUAACCAAAGACCUAUAACAGGUCUCUGGAUUUAACCUUACCCGGGUAAGAAACCUGGUUAAAAACGAACAAACCUGUUAUCUCUCUAUAGAGCAUUGGGAAAUCUUACAAAUAGUAUUCGCUGCGCCGUACAUUCAUGUCAAAUCACCACUAACAAACCACGGAGCAACUAACGAACUUGCAACUGAGUAUGGUCGGAGCAAAAUUCUGUUAUUCGCCGGGCAUCCGCUUGGAGCGCUAAUGUCGCCACCCAAUCAGCGCAGGACGAAGUGGUUUGUUGAUGUUUAUUUGACAUGGACGUACGGCGCAGCGAAUACUAUUUGUAACAUUUAUACAAUGCUCUAUUGAUAAAAAUCGGCAAUCGCAAUGCGAAAGUUCGUUUCAUAAGGUUUCAUGUAAUAUUAUUUCAUAUUUGCAUCAAAUAUUCAUCAACGUUGUACAGUUUCAACAUUUAUCAUCACUUCACCGAAUUCCUCAUAGAUCUCUAUUAAGGAGCAAUGAAUCCCGUGACAGAACUGAAAAAGCAUCUCAAACGUAAAAUAUUGUCUAGAGAACUCGAAGGCUGUGAAGCAGCACAAAAAGAUUUGUUCAAUUUGCUGAAAGGAACAAUAGAAACCGGCAAUAGUAAAUCAGUCAUCGUAUCAGGCUGUCCUGGAUCAGGAAAAUCAACGUUGGUGCAAAAUGUGCUCGACGAAAUUGAGAAAGCUUACGAAGACCGAUAUCGUGUCAUCAGGUUACAUGGGCUUUUUCAUUCCAAUGAUACGUUGGCUUUUCAAGAUAUGAGUGACCAAAUCGACGCUGGUUUAGAAUUCUGCGAGGAUGAAAUUGUUUCCUCCGAUAUUUUUCCAAAGUUAUUUCAAAAAUUAAAAACUUUAUGUAGAGCAAAUGAAGAAAAUGUCAAGACUGCUGUAUUCGUGCUCGAAGAUUUUCAUCUUUUUCAAGAUUCUCAGAUUUUAUACUUCAUGUUCGAUACCAUUCGAACCGAACAGGUGCCUGGUUUCGUAAUCGGAAUAACAACUUAUAGUAAUAUUCUGGAGAAGUUCGAGAAACGUGUUAAAUCGAGAUUUUCGCAAUUGAUUAUUAAUUUGAAUCAAAGUCGUACUUUGAACAAAAAAAUAGCCAGCUUUGUUAAACUUCUAAAAGUUGAAGAAAACGCUUGCUCUGAUUCUUCGUACGUUGAAAGUUGGAACGAAAGUAUCGAUAAAUUGGCAAUUGAUAAUGAUGUGAUAGACUUACUAAAACAUAUCUCCGAUCAAAGUAACGAUGAAAGGUUCUUCACCAACUUCGUGUUCAACAGUAUUAUGCAGUUAGAUAAAGACAAUCGUUACCUGACGCUGAAGAAUUUAUCUGUAGCAUUAACUUUAUUGGAUCCGGAUUAUAAGUUAAAUUUGUUUAAAAGUCUUUCAACUGUACAGCUGUGUUUGAUGAUUGCAGCAUUUCAUCAAACUGAAUUAUAUAACGAACCUUUUAAUUUUGAAAUGAUUUACAAAAGAUAUUCUAACUUCGCGAGAACUUCUCAAGCGGUACCAAGUGUUCCUAAACAAAUGGCUUACAGAGCUUUCGAAACUCUAGUGGAUUUAAGUUUAAUUUGUCCAUUUUCGUCUGCAGUGACUGAAUCUGAAUUGCCAGAAUUUGUUUUCCAUCGAUUAUCAAUAUCGUGUGAUGAUAUUAGAGACGGAAUUAAAACCUACCCAAGUUUGUUGGGAGAUAUCAAAGUAUGGAUUGAAAAUAGUAUAUCGUAAAUGUAUUUUUCCAGAAACGUAAGUUUGAUUUUUUUCGCUAUCAUGUUGAUGUUGUGUGAAAGAACUCGUUGAGGUGAAGUAAUCGAUCAGUGCUUGAGUGAAGUAAUUGAUAAAAAUGGAUUUCCGGUUAUAAAAUUAGAAUUUUUAAAAUUAUUUUUGAUGAUUUAAUCUUUUAAUUUUUUCUAAUUGUUAAUAAUAAUGAAUUUUUACUGAUUUUUUUUUUAAUUCAAUUAUAUUUUUUGAUUAUUUUACUGUCGUAUAUUUUAAUAAAAAUACUGAGGCAAUA